GCACAGCCUUUGAAUUUAUGUUUGGGCCAGCUCUCGCUCUCGAGACCUGCAGAAAAGGUGAACAGCAGUGAGCAACAGACACAAGGCCUGAGAACGGAGUCGGAGAGGAAGAGGGGAGUCGGAAAAGAUACGUCUAAAAAACUGAUACGUCGACAAGAGGAGGCUAAACCAAGGCGUAUCUGAAGUGACUCUCAAAACAGGAUAGUUAGUGUCCAGAGGGAAAAACAUCAGUAUGCUGCCCAGAGGAAUGUGUUGUGUGAUUGCAGUGGCUCUUGUGCUGGCACUCACGCACAGUGCCGGAGGAGCAGAGACACUCGGGGAGCGCGCUCUUCGACUCAUGGCUGAGACUCCACUCAUAGAUGGCCACAAUGACCUCCCCUGGCAGAUAAGGAUGCGAUUUAACAACCAGCUAAACUCAGUAGACCUCAACACCCUGAAUGGAACACACACCAAUAUUCCCAAAAUCAAGGCAGGACGACUGUCUGCACAGUUCUGGGCUGCAUACGUCCCCUGUGAGACACAAUACAAAGACGCUGUCCGACAAACACUGGAGCAAAUCGAUGUCGUUCACAGAAUGUGCAGCACAUACCCACAAGACUUCAUGUUUGCAACCAGCAGCGAAGACAUCAUGACGGCCUUUAGAGAGAAUAAGACGGCCAGUUUGAUUGGCGUCGAAGGAGGACACUCCAUUGACAGCAGCCUGGGCACACUUCGCACCAUGUACCAGCUGGGCGUUCGCUACCUCACCCUCACCCACAGCUGCAACACGCCUUGGGCUGACAACUGGCUGGUGGACACCGGAGAUGAUCCUGUGGAGCACAACGGCCUGUCUACAUUUGGCAAGCAACUGAUCCUUGAGAUGAACCGUAUGGGGAUGCUGAUAGACUUGGCACAUGUCUCAGAGGCAGUCAUGAAACAGGUCCUGGAUCUCUCCAAGGCACCUGUUAUCUUCAGCCAUUCCUCUGCCUACGCUGUGUGCCAACACAAGAGGAAUGUUCCAGACGACGUGCUCAGGAGGGUGAAAGAAAAGGCUGGGAUUGUAAUGGUGAACUUCUACAAUGAUUAUGUUACCUGCAGCAAAACAGCUAGCAUAAGCGAUGUUGCUGACCAUUUUGACCACAUAAAAAAGGUGGCUGACGCUUCCAUCAUUGGUUUUGGAGGGGAUUAUGACGGUGUGUCUAGGGUCCCUGAAGGACUGGAGGAUGUGUCUAAGUACCCAGCCUUGGUGGAAGAACUGCUGAGAAGAGGCUGGACAGACGAUGAAGUGAAAGCUGCACUGGGUGAAAACCUGCUAAGAGUAUUUAAGAAGGUGGAGGAGGUGCGUGACAGUAUGAACAGCACCAAGCCAGAUGACAUUCCUAUCCCACUGGAUGAGGUGAAGAAUACCUGCAGGACUGUCUAUGGCUACCCCACCCCCCCAGAUAGUGCAGGCUUCCGCCUCGCCCACAGUCCCUUGGCCCUGUCUCUCUCUCUGCUGCUCACCGCCCUGCUGGCUAAGGCGGUCUGAGGCACUCCCCUAGUAGUCAGGUGGCUUAACAACGCGAUCGUGACAAGAGUGAUAAAAGCAUGAAAUUUGGCACACAAUUAGC